CACUGAACGGGGGCGAGGAUGAACGAGUAAGGAGUGGACAGAGAGGGAGACGACUAAUGCACUACUAAAUUACUUUAUCCACCGCGAUGGAGCUGUUUGAGGAAGCUUUGGCGUAUCUACAAACUGAGAAUGUUAUCGCAGUGGAACCAGCAGCGUCGGAUCUCUUGGAAGAAGUGUUUGCAGACGACAAUUUUCUUGAGAGUCCCCUGCGGACAGAUAGCUUCUCACUUCCAGAUGCCAGAAAUGCCUCGGAGGAUAUGCUGGAGAAAAGACUUGUGGUCCUUAGAGGUAUACUGAAUAGUGAACAGCUUUACCUGAAUGAACUGGAGACACUGUUGAUGCCCAUGAAGGCCCUCAAAGCCACAGCUGGCACCUCCCAGCCGGUUCUGUCCUGCCAGGACAUCCAGACGGUGUUCUACCAGGUGCCCGAGCUGCAGGUCCUCCACAGGGACUUCUACCAGGGCCUCAAGGCCCGACUGGAGGGGGUCGUGGAGCAGGAUGACGACCUGGGGAACGAGCAGGGGGCCUACCAGUUGUCUGUGGGAGACCUCUUCCAGAAGUUCGUUAGCCAGCUAGCGACAUACCGCGGCUUCAUUGAUAAUUACGAGAGUGCGGUGGACAUAGUGCGACGCUGUACGCAGACUGACCCGAGGUUUAGAACACUUGCUGAGAGCAUGAAAUCAGGGAAAGGAACGGACAACUCCCAGUCUGAAUACACAUUUGAAGCACUCCUGUACAGACCUCUGGACCGUGUGACCAAGACCACUCUUGUAUUACAUGACCUGCUGAGUCACACUCCUCCCGAUCACCAUGACAGCGCCCUCCUCCAAGAGGCUCUUCGGAUCUCCAGCAGCUUCCUGUCGGGCCUCAACGAGACGUCCCAGUGCAAGAGAGCUGUCACUCUGUCCAAGGGCAUGAGACGGCAGUUGAUGCAUGACGGGUUUGUGGUGUGCAUGUCUGAGCACGGGCCCAGCCUGCGUCACCUCUUUCUCUACACAGACCUGCUGCUGUCCGUCAAACUCAAAGGCGGGACAUUAGGGAGGCAGUCCCAGUACCGGUACAGCUGGCACAUGCCGUUGUUUGGGCUGCAGGUGCGCUGGGCGGGAGAGGAGGAGCAGACGCCGGAGCUGCAGCAGCGCAUCAGCUGCAUGAAGGCCAAGAUGUACCAGCUCCGACAGGCGCUCACACAGCAAACGGGUUGUCAGAAGAGGGCUCAUUCGUUGCAUUCACGAUUUGUGGAUCGUAUUCAGAAGAAGCUUCAGGAGUGUGAGAUCUGGUUGCUCACACACUCGCCCAGCCUGACCUUAAAGUUGCACAGCACCAGCGGCAAGAGCCACACUCUGCUGAUGUCGUCACUGCAUGAGCUGGAGCAGUGGAGGGAGGCCAUUAACAAACUCAUAGGAGAGAACACAGACACAGUUCCCCCAGAUUUGCUCACUCUCACCAACUCCUGUGUCAAGCUCAGAAUGACCCAACAGCCGCACCUAGAAAGCCUACAGCCUGGCAACGCAGCCCGGUCUCUGUGUGGCACCCUCAGUGUGGUAGUCCACUCUUGCAGUGGUCUGCAGCAGCCAGCUCGUAUGUGGGUGUCUGUGGAGGUAGAUGGCUAUGAGUUCUUCAACAACAGAGCUCAGACUCACUCUUCACUCAACACUCUCAAUCCACAGUGGAACCAGGAGAUCUCCUUUCAGGUAGAUGGAGCAAAGAUUCUAAGGGUAGUGUGUGUGACCCCAACGGAAAAUGGUAAAGAAGACAGGGUGAUGGGUCGUGAUACAGUGAAGCUUGACCCUGCCAUCACCAAAAGGUGGACGAAACUGAACCUGCCUGUUGGCCAUCUGGAACUCACCCUGUCAAUCAUGUACUCGCCCCACCCCCUGGACCCACCAAGCUCCACCCUCUCCCAGCAGCUGCCAGUGUUCUCUGUUCCGAUUGGAGUGGUGGCCCAGCAGGAGGGCGUGCUGGUGCCCCAGGUGGUGCGCUCCUGUGCGGAGGAGGUGGAGAGGAGGGGUCUGGGGGAGGAGGGCAUCUACAGAACCUCCGGCUCCGCCAAGGACAUCCAGCUCCUCAAACACGCAUUUGACACAAACCUGCGUGAGGCUCUGAAGAGCGUGAGGUCAGCGGAGGUUAAUGUGGUGUCUGGGACGCUGAAGCUCUACUUCAGAGAUCUGCCGGAACCGCUGGUCCCUGCUGACCUUUACCAUAGGCUAAAGAAAGCCCUAGAUCUUCCUGACCUGAACUCCAAACAGAGCACGCUGCGGAACAUCCUGGACUCGUGCCCAGAUGCCAACCGUAACACCCUCCUCUACCUCUUCCACCAUCUCAGGAGAGUGGCGGAGAGGGUGGACGCGAAUAAGAUGUCCAUAAUGAAUCUGGCCACGGUGUUUGGGCCGAGUCUCUUGCGCCCCCCAGUGUCAAGAGUGGACAUCUCAGAGGAGGUGGUGGUGCAGGUGCAAGUGGUGUUUUUUUACCUGCAGUGUAAUGAUCUGCCCACUCCUCUCACCUCUCUACCAGUGGAUACCGAGAAUGAACAGGAAACCAUUAUGUGAACUACAUUUCCCAGAACUCUUUGAGGUUGGAUGUUGAACGUUAUGGCAUGUACAGUACUUGUAUUUAUUGAUAACCGCUCAAUAAUGCACCAGAAUUGGUCAAGACUACAUUCAUUUAUAUCUGUAAACCUAGAAUGUCUAUUGUAAAUGAGUUAUUAAACAUGUUUAUUAA